GGCUGCCGGCUGCCCUCCCUGCCCUGCCUCUGGAGCUUACCGUCCUCUACAACUCCCUGCUUUUUACUAUGGUAGCAAGUAAUGCUGCCACAGAAGGAGAAGCGGAAGAAAUACGCCAGGGCCUCCUCAGGGUUCUGGAGGCUUGUGGGGCCUGCGGGCAGGACCUUAGCACCGAGGAGCUGUGGCAGAAGGUGCUGUGGGAGGUAACUGCGGAGAAGCUGCAGGCACCUUUGCACCGUCUGGGCGCCCUGCAAGCAGCGUGGUGGCUGGCAUUCUGCCGCCUGGGAAGCACGGCUGGCCUCCUCCGUCUCCUCAGCCGCACUGAGGACCGGGGAAAGGCUCACCACAGCGAGGGGGAGAACGAACUCCUCUCCCUGCUCAAGGCAUGGCAAGUACCUGCUGAGGAGGCUUCCCUGCCCCUUGUACAGAGCACUGAGGACUUGAAAGAAAUCCUCUUCACCGCAGCAGCCUUCCUGCAAGGGCUGCAGGAGCUGGAGGCUGGGAACUUCCCCACCACCCUCUCCCUCCUUCAGGAGGCUGCCAGAGGAUUCUGCUCCAAGAGGGUCCUGGCCCAGAUCUACACCUGCCUCGGCUGCUGCGCUCAGCAAAUGGGCAAGCCUCAGACAGCACUUCAACACCUGAAAUGGGCCCUCCAGGUAGACUUCCAGUGCCUCCCUGCCCUGUUCCAUGCGGCAGCAGUGUACCACGAGCUGGGGCAGACCGACGUGGAGCUGCAGGCCCUGGCUCUGCUCUACAAGGCCCUGGAAAAAACCACUCCAACAGCUGCUUCCUCUAGUCCAUAUUUCCUAAUCCGAGCAGAGCUUCUUGUCCGCACGCCAACACUAGCUUCUCUCCUUCGCCAUCGCCACCCCUCUGAAGUGAAGUACCUGCUGGCACGGCGGUGUCUCCAGAAUGGGAGGGUGGCUGAUGCAGUGGAACAUUACCUGGAUUUUCUGACUCUGCUUCAGGAGGGGCUGCAGCAGCAGGUGCCCCUAGAUGGUAGCUCAGCUCUGCCCAGGAUCCCCGAGGUGUUCCUAGAAGCAGCGUCCGCCUUGGAGCAGGCUGGGAGGCACCAGGAUGCCAUAACCAUGUGUGAGGAGGUCAUCAGCCGGACAACUGACCUGAUCCCACGGCUGUCACGAGCAGAGGAGAUGGAGCAGCCGCAGUGCCCAUCGCCAGGGGCAGGGCUGUCCCAGAAGAAGGAGAGUCUGUGCUGCCUUGCCUGGAGAGCAGCUGGAUACCUGCACCAGGGCUGGGCGUGGGCCAAGCUGGGCACAAGCAAGGAGGCCAUAACGCAAUUCAGCAGGUGCCUCAGCGAUCUCUUACGAGUCCAGCUUUGCGGGUCUAGCGUUGAACCAAGAGAGAAUCUCCUGCCAGAAGUGGAAGUGCUCCAGAAGAUCAGAUUGCUCGCUCUCAUCGGACGAGGUACACAGUUUCUGGAGCUGGGGAGGCACAAGGAAGCCUUGUUGGAUUUCCAGCAUGGUUUUCAGAUCUCACCAGGUGAUCCAGCUGUUUCCUCCUACCUGGUGCAGGCCUUGUGGAAACUGAACCGAAAGCAGGAGGCGGCUGCUCACUGGCAGAAGUUCUCCCAGAGCCCCCCCGGGGAGGAUGGGGAGCAGGAAGAGCAGGGAAGGCCCAUCCCUUUGUACCUGGUUUCGUGCCUGCAGCAGGCCGUGUUCCCACACCGUGAGUCUCUUGCCAGAAGCAUUCGGGAUUACCUCGGGACGGCAAACCAGGACUCCCUGAGUUAA